ACGGAAACGGUCCGCACGAGCUUGUGUGACACCCGAUUCAAGUCGCGAUUCGGCCUCAAGGAUAGGAAGGUUAACUCGCUGCUGCUAAGCGCUCCGAGCGGGCGGCACGGUGUUUAGAGGCUCCCCGUGACGCAGGGAGCUCGUGUGGCGCGUGCUCCGCAGCGUAUGUGUGGUGUGUGUUUGGGUACGUGAGCGUUGCGAGUGAUGUACGGGGCCACUGACGUCGCCAGCGCCCGUCUCUUCCCUCCGUCCCCAGUGCCAAAUGUUUUGCAAUGUGAAAGUAUGGAAUUGUGCCACGCGUGACCUUUCCCAAAGAUGUUCCUGAGGUUGUGAUUAACGUCGCUCGGAUAGCAAAUGUGCUCCUCUUUUCGUAUGCAUGCUCGUGGAUACUCCGCGGUGUGGUCUACCGCGGGCGCGUGGUCUGCAGGAUGGUGUGAAACGGUGAAGCAUUUGAUUAAUAUGUACAUACUGAUGGUGCAAUCACAGGUCUUGGACAUGCAGAUGGUUAACGAAAUCAUAUCCAUUUUGGAGAAAUUCAAUAUUACGAAGGAGCUGUUGGAGACCACCCGACUGGGUAAGCAUGUGAACGAGCUACGCAGGAAGACCACAGACCCGACGCUGGCUCGCCGCGCCAAGGUGCUGGUGAAGCGAUGGCGCGACCUCGUCAUCCCCGCCGUCGCAUCGCCCGCGCACUCUGGUUCGAACCGGUCGUCAGCAGAGAGGCAGGUGCGUCGGCUGGGCGGCACACCGCUCACUUCGCCGGCGUUAUCGCGGCAAGUCGUGAGUCCCGCACUGUCCAUCCCCCGGCCGCCGUCUAGACCAACAUGGGGCGGUUAUGAGUCAGACUCACAGGACGUUAUCCUGGUGGAUGACGACCCCCCUCCGCCCGCGCCGCCGCCCCUCGCGCCGCCCACCAUGCUCGCGCACAAGCCCAUCACCCCGCCGGUGAAGCGGCCGCCCUCCCCCGAGCCUCUUUACGACGAGAAAAAGGCGAAGAGAGAUAAGAAACCUAAGAAGAAAAGGGGUCACAGUCGCGCGGGGUCCGGCACGGAGGCGCCGGCGGCGGGCGAGGCUGAGCACGCUCCCGCUCCCGCGCUCGCGCCCGCUCCGCUCGCGGCGGGCGCGCACGCGUGGGGCGGUCGCAACGGCUCGGCGCCCGAGCGGCGGCGGAACGGAAUGCGGCCCGACCCUUAUGCCGCGCUUGUUAAUAGGCUACCGCCCGCUGGCGCUAAAAAGGUGAAAACAACGAAGGAACUGCUGGAACAGAUCCAAUCGCGUGGUAAGGCGCCCUCGCGCCCUGCGUCCCCCGCGUCGCCUUCCUCGCCCGACGUCAUGCUCAUAGAGGAUGGAUGCCCCAUCAGUGUGGGGUCGCCGCUGCGUAACGGUGGCACUGAAGCUAAACAUGAGCCUGAGCCCAAGCCCGAACCCAUCAUCCUACCUCCACUAGAGGAUGAGAGGGAGUGGGCGGACUGCACCUGCGGAGAAGAGGUCUCCGACAGUUGUCCCGCUGCGGUGAGGACUGCGCUGAGGCCUCUCCACGUGCGGGCCUUGCACAACGCCUUGCUCCCGGGCCUCAACGGGACUCGCGCCCCCGCGGAGCCCCACAAAUUCGCCGUGAGGUCCCUCAAACUGCCGGACCAACCGGACCUGUUCGCCAGCGUCGUACCUCUGUACAACUAUUCCGACUACGCUGACGACUAUUGCGCGAAGAACAUGGCUCGGGUGCCUCUGUGUACAAACAUCCCCUGGAGCAGCUUCGCCCCCUCGCCCCCUUCGCCGCCCCCACCUAAAUCUCCACCCCCUCUGAGGCCCUACCCGUCCCCGGCUCGCGAAAGUGAUACAAAUGUCGAUAUAAAGUUAGAUAGCACAGAAGAAGCGCCCGAAGCGAAAGUGAAAGAGAAAGUGGAAUGCGAGAAGCAAAUGCCGACAGUCGUAGCGGAAAUGGUCGGCGUGCCUAGUUUAGAACCGAGCGAGAGACUGAAAGCACCUUUACUGUCUGCAGAAGACGAAAAGCAGUUCAAUUCGGAACGGCGAGUGGUUGUUAAAGUUGAGAAGCAGUUUGUGUGUGAAUCGCCCGAACAUCGGACAGUGGAACGGACGAAAGAGGACUUGGACGGUCGGAUGCUGUAUGCUUUGUGCGAGACAGCGUUGAGGACCGUCCCUUAUAACUACGAGCAAGCUGCCUCCGCUCCCAUUGUGACCUUGCCGGCUCUACCCGAGGUGCCAGAGGUCGGUUGUGACCCUUCUACAGAAGUGGAAGCCAGCGAGACUCUGGAGAAGGCUUUGGAGGAAGCUGCUGAAACGACUGAAAGGGAUGAGUUUGGGAGACCCGUUCGUCCCACUCGCUUUGCUGAGUGGCAUGAAUGCGCUCGCCUCGGGGAGCUGAUCGCGUUACCCUACGUCGUUAUAGAUUAACGCGUUGUGCCAAAUAUCGUUAUGUGCCGCCUUACGGUGCCUGUGACUAACUCAAAAAUAGACGAAAUUAUAAAUCAUGGUAGAUUCCAAUCACACAAUAUAUUUUUAUUUGAACUUUAAUUCUUCGCCUAAAAACAUCAACACAAUAUAUUUUGUAUGUAUUUUUUGUGGCGAAGAAUUAAAGUUUAUUUAUCAACUUGUGUGGAAUUGCUUGUUGCUAGUGAUCCUAGCUUGAUGCAGUUUAUAAUCCGAAUUAACUUUUGUACUAUUUAUUGAAUACAGUAUUAUGUGCUUAAUAUAUAAAACAAAAUAAUCCAUUAAAAAGAUAAUUAGUCACAAAACACAUAUUAAAUCAGAAAGAAAUUGACACAAUAGCUCUUCACUUUUAUCCGAUUAGUAUAUCCAUUAAGAAUUCUCAUACAAAUAGACAGCUUCAGUAUCAUACUUAAAUUCACCAACAAAAUUUAUUGUCGUUUUUUGAGUGGGAUUAGGUAAACUCUCACAUCAAUAAUAUUUACCACCUAUAAAUUUAUCCUGUGUCCUUACACUACACACAAAAAUAAAUCUAAAUUGUAAUAGCCACAUGUGUAAUUUUAACACAUUUGAUCAUGAUCAUAUGUGACAGGGGUAACCUGUAGCAAUGCAGGUCCUAUAGAAGGUAAUUGGUCUGAGACUCCAGUGACAAUUUCUUUCCGUAUUGAUAUGAUUUAUGACCUUAAGAAAUAAAUUUAUAACCUAGAAAUGUUCACAAACUAUUGAGAUAAUGUCACAGGCACCAUAAGUAGUGGGAGUGUCAGUCAAGCAGUGUUGUUGUGUGCCUGACCAAAGCAUCCAAUGUCUCAGUGUAGUGUCAAGUGUCCUUACGUUAGAUAUAAGUGACUGUGCGAGUGAUGAUGAGUUUUGUGCAGUUAAACCGGGCUGAAUCCUGAACACCCUGUACUUAGCUGAUAUGGGUAAGUGAUCCCUAUAUCUACCAGGGAAUUAAUUGGAUUUUUUCAUAUCGGUUCCAAUUUCACAUGAGUACCUAUUUCUUUGACAAUCAAAUAUUUCCAUUGUAAGAUUACAUGUUUUUUUUUAAAUGGUUUUUUUUUGGAACUGUUGAAACUGCAUGAGUAGAAUUUAUAGUUGUAAAAUUAAAAUCUUGAAUUAAUUUUGUCUGACUUAAUUUCUUUUGUCAUGUGAUUUUGCAAUUGAUGUGAAAUUAUUUUAUUGGCAGCCAUUUUCAAUACAAACCUGUAAAAUUUCAGUAAUAGCCAUCAAUAUUUUGUCAAUAAUACUAUUCAGAUAUCCAAAAUCGUGAUUUUCCAAUUGUGUAUUUGAUAGUAUGGGUUUAAUUUGGAUAAAUUUAACAAUUUUAACCUUGAUAAUACCAAAGUCCUGAGCGUCAAUGGACCCUGCUUGAUGUUGUCAGAUUAUGUAGAGGGUAGUCAACCCCCACUAAAGCUUCAUUUGUGCAAGAGAUUUAACAGACAUUAAAAAAAACAUACAAAUGACAUGUAAAAUAUGUUCAAAGAUGUUAUUAAUAAUGACUAGGACUAACAGCUUAUUGUGCUAUUCGAGGCACCAAACGCUGGGUUGAGAAUUCUUACUAAGAUUUUUUAGAACAAAAAAUAUUUAAUAUUUCAUAGCUGCUACUAUCAGAUACAUCAAUGCUUACGAGCAGAUCGACGAUUAUAAAAAAGCAAAAAAAUUAAAUCAUAGUGUACCUUAUACUUAACCAAAGACUUUGUGAUCCGAGGCCAAUGACGCAGUUAAUGUAUAGACAGGUUAUUGAAAAUGGCUGCUAGUAAUAAUUGUACCCAUCAGACUAAGUAGGUUCCCGUAAGUUGUGAUAUAUCGUCCGCGCACCUGCCCGGAGUCUCUCCGAGUAAUCUCUAGAGUGUAGACUGUUCGACUGUUCGUAUCGAGUUAUCUUGUUACCCAAUGUGAUUUAUGAGAAAAUGAAAAAAAUUAGGUAAUUAAAUAAUAUUAAUAAUAGGAGUUCCAAUUGUAUAUUAUACAUAUAUAUAUUGCUAUAUCGAGUCAAAUAUCAGAAUAUAAUUUAUAGUGUUGCGAUUAUGUGCUAAUAAGUUUUUUCAAUUUGACCAAAAUCGUUGUGGAAAAAAAAAAUUAAACGAAUUUGUUCAUUUGAAAACUUCAGGAUUUUGUACGAAAUUGUUUUUUUAAAUAAAACUGAUUGUUAAUUUUUGACUAAUUCUUACAAAUCAAACUGAAAUAUUUAUAAAAUGUCUAAUCUGCCAUUUUUAAUUGUAAUGAAUUAAAACUAUUAUAAAUCGAUUCAAUUAUACAUAUUAUAUAAUCAUUUUCUUGUGCGAUAAAAAUCAUUAUAUGUUCAAAUCCAUAGUGAAUGAAAACUUAUGUUGAAAGAAUUUCGUACAAAUCUUGCAAUGUCGUCCUCGUAAGUGAAAAUGUUUAAGACAAUUUGAUAAAUUAUUUUCAAUACAUUGAGAGUGAUUUUUAGAUGAAAUAAAAAAAAGUAUCUAAUAUAAACCCGUUGGAGGUCCCCACGAAUUGUGUUGUUUGUUUUGUCGUUUGUUUGUUUUUAUUCACUGAUUGAAGGAAAAACAUAGACAUGUUAUAGACCUCGUGAAAAUUAAAUAUAGCAUAAUAUUUUACAUUUUAUUUUAAAUUUUUUACUGAUGAUUGGUGAUACUGAGUGGACUAGUAAAUAAGAAAUUUUUUGAUUGAAUUUUAUUGUAUUGACAAGUUACCAUUUUUUAUUUUUAUUUUCCCAUACUUUCGCAGUUCAAAAGCGCAAUAACUCAUAUAAUUUAAUUUUCGAAUUCGGCGUCUCGAAUUUUUUGCUGGGCAUAUGAGCUGUCUAUGAUUUUCGUUUAGUCUGUGUGGUUGGUUUGGUUAACUUGUGGUUAAGUUUGUCGCGCGGGACCUCUGACGGUCGAGGCCCGGUUUAGUGGAUCUGACCAGGUCCCAUGUGCCAGAAUGAUUGUGCCAGAAUGCAGUUUUUUUUUUUUAAUUUGAAAUCUAAAUCAUGUAAACACUAAGAGAUAUGGCAAGGCUCAGAUGGUAAUGGUGUGUUUCACCACUUUCUUUUGUUACUAUUUCAUGAGAUAUUGGUGUUUUUCACCAUAUUCUCUUGUUACUAUUUCAUGAGACAUUGCGUUUCGUUGCUUAAUUGAUACGUGGAGAUGAGUAGAGUUCUAUAGUAAACAAGCAAUGUAUAAGUUACUAUAGUCUGGCGGAACUACAUGAGUAUCUCGACAUAAAAACAGUAAAGGAAGAGGUUGAACUCAGAUCAAUGUGCUAUAAAAAACGCAUUAACACCCAUGAAAACCAACUUGCUACUGCCCUCAGUCAUCCAAUAGAUGUUAGAAGGCUAAAGCGCGCCUACAUAUGGGAUCUCCUGUAAAAAAAAAUCAAAAUAAUAAGAAUGUACAAAUGUACUAAUGAAAUACAAAAAUUAACAAAUAAAAUAAAUUAGCAUGGCCUUCAAUGGAAGGUCAGCUACACAUGCCAUGUAGUACCCACAAGCAAUUUGCUUAAAGCUGUUGCAGCUGAUUGCACAAUAGUAAUGAAUUUAAAAAAGAAAAAACUAUAGUCUGGCAAGUUCGUUGAUGACACAUCCAUGAUAUGCGGGCGACGGGGAGAAAGACUGCGUGAGUGUGAAAUCGAGCACGCCCCCCCAGCCCGUGCGUACCAUCCGGAGUGUUACAAUCGAAGUUGCCAAGCUAUUAGUGCACCCAUCUGAUAGAAAGAAAGAAAAAUGUGUUUAUUUCGAAAUUAUGCCAUUGAGCUAUUUUUUUAUUAAUUUACUGUUUGUAAUAAGAAUUAAAUUGUUAAAUAAUUCAAAGGUGUCAAUGGAGUUAGUGUCUUUUUCUUCCUAUCUGUCUGUCUGUCACAGGGCAUGCAGCGAAAUAGUUACAAUUUCUUGACAUGUGAUACCUUUGCCAUUUCUCUUGUCUGUGUUCUGUGUUAAAAGUUCCAAUCUGAGGAUUUAUAAUAUGUGGACAUAUUUAAAUAAGUUUAUUUUAUAACUCCGUUUAGAAAUUCGAUACAUAAUUUUUUAUGAAAUAAUUAUGUACAUUUUAUAAACUAAAAAAAAAUAAUAGCCUUAGUGUUUAUUAUAAUGUUAAUUUAUUGCCAACAUACAUGUUUAGUUUUACUAUUUUGUUUCCUAUUUCUGUUAUUUUUUUUUAAUUGUUUUAACGACAUCUUUAUGGUGUCAGGUACAGCAUGUUUUAAGUUUGGAAUCUUAUUCUGAUGUUAAUGAGCUAGGUAAUCCUAAAUUUCAAUAUUUAAUGAUGUUCUGAAUAAUGGUCUAGAAGGAAUCUAUGAAGGCCAUUCAUCAUUAUAAUAUACAAGAUGGAAGUUUUAAAGCCCAAUUGCAAAAGCAAGCAAUUAUGGCGUUUGGUUCAUAGUAACGAUAUCUUGGUUUACCACGAAACUAAGUGUAUGAUGGUGACUAAGUAUAUUAUUCCUCAUAUUAUCCCAGAAGAAGUGUAAAAGGAGAUGGUCCAUUUCAGGUCCACUACCCCGUAUCAUUUGAAUUUAAAAAAAAAAUACAAAGAUUUUAUUAAAAUCUAAAUAAAUAAAUAAAUCUAACAACAACAAUAAUAAAAAGAAAUAAAAAAAUUAAAACCCAAGUUUUCGAGAUAUAUCAAGAUGGCGCCCUUUUAGCAACUAUGACAUGACAGUUGACAGCAUACGUCAAAUCGACUACUGCAUUGAAAACGUCAUCUAUCCGCCAUUAUUACCCAUAUUAGUGUUGCAUUUCUUGGGCGACAGUGAAUAUUAUUUCGAAAGAAUUAAAGUAAAUUCGUAGAUUUGUAUAAUCAAAAAUAGUUGAAAAAAAUAAUUUCCGCCAGGUUACAAUGACUGAUCCCCUGGGCUCCAUACUAUUUUAGACCAUCUCCUUUUCGCUUGAGAUUUUAAGCUAAUCUUUUUACCAUGGUCCGAUUUCCAUGGUUGCCCACCAAACUUCCCUACCCUGACUACAUUAUAUAUACAAUACCUUUUAAAAAUGACAUCUCGCUCUGAAAACUGAAAAUAUGAAGUUCUUGAUAUUUUUUUAUGUAAAUAAACUUUGUUGACUAUUAUGUUAAUUCUUGUGUCUCCAAACAUAAAAUUAGUCAUUCUUUUAUAAAUCGCAAACAGUCGUUAAUUUUCAAAAAAAUGAAUCCAAUCAUACAGACCAAAGGCUUAUUAUAAUCUUGAGGACCAAUUAAAAAAAUUUGUAAGAAAAGAAAUAAAUAUUAAAAUUAUCUCAAAGUGUACUUUUUACUUAUUAUUACUUACCAACUGUUUCAUAUUCUUGUUUACUUUGUCAUUAAAUUGUUUCUAGGUGAAAUUAUGUAAAUACGUUUUUUGUUACUUAGGCCUCUUUGCUCAGGAUGUAAAAAUAAAGCACUUAAAACAUUA